AUGCAAAAGUACAGGAUCCUUGGCAAGAAGGGGGAGGGUACUUUUAGUGAGGUCCUUAAAGCACAGGAUAUAGAGACAAAGCGUUUUGUGGCGAUUAAAUGCAUGAAAAGGCUUUUCAAGUCAAAGGAGCAGGUGAAUCGUCUGCGUGAGAUUCAGGCGGUGCGACGACUGCAGCCGCAUCCAAACAUAGUUCAGCUCAUUGAGGUGAUGUUCGACCGGUCAACAGGACGACUGGCUCUGGUCUUUGAGUACAUGGAGAUGAAUUUGUAUGAGCUCAUCAAGGGGCGUCGACAGUACCUUGGCGAGGAACAAAUCAUGAGCUUUAUGUACCAGCUUCUUAAGGGACUUGACCAUGCUCACCGCACAGGUCUAUUUCACCGUGAUGUAAAGCCGGAGAAUCUCUUGGUAAAUGAGGACGGCACGUUGAAGGUGGCUGAUUUUGGAUCGUGCAAAGGCGUAUACUCUAGGCAGCCAUUGACAGAAUACGUUUCCACUCGCUGGUACCGUGCCCCGGAGUGUCUCUUGACAGAUGGCUACUACACGUAUAAGAUGGACUUGUGGAGUGCGGG